AUGCCUAGUCAAGAAGAUAUGGACCUUUGUACCGACAAGGUACUGUCCAAAGGAAGAAUUCUUCAGGAAUUAACCAAAGCUGUCAAAUUGGUGAGUGUCUGCUUCGGCAUAGGGACGACGUAUCAAGGCCAUACGUCUAUAUACAUAUAUAUACAUAUAUAUGUACAUAUGCACUUUCCUAACGCGAAUUUUUAUAUAUAUACUGAAUUAACGGCUCCUCCGAAACUCUUCUCUAAACGAUUUAGAUAGAUUUUCAUUUCUUUUUCCUCGCAGAUAAAUACGACUUUACUUGAAAUAUUUAACUAUGACGAAACAGCUGAAACUGCAGUGGCACGCACUUGCACGCUGUAGUGCGUGUAUCAAACGUUUAACAGUUAAAUGCGUUUUAUUGUCUUUAUUGUUUUUGAACGCGAAACUGUGUUGAAGAAGUACAUGUGCUCCUCUCGUCAUCAUGAUUUCCCGUUUCUCACUCGCAACUUACUCAACAUCUUGUUCCACGUCGUGGCUCCUCCACUGACGUACGUGCUUUUACCUCUUUGUUCGUAUUAUUGUCAACUAUAUUAUUUCAUUAUUGUUCGAUGAAAUCCUCGGUGAUCGAUAAAUCUUGAUUUCGUCAUUUUGUAAACUAUUUCACGUUUAAUCUUGAUUACCUGUUGUUGUUAAUACCCUAACUAACUAUUUAAUGUUUAAUAUUUUAUAUUGUUUAAUAUAACGUUUAUAGUAAUAGGAGUCAUUAAACAAGUAUAAAUAUGUUAUAUUUAUCUUUAAAAAAUAUUCAUUGAGAUAUUUAGUUAGCUGUUUUAAAUUAAUAUAGCAUAAGUAUAUAAUUUUAAUGUUAAGAGUAACUUUCCAUUAACACUGACAAAUUUAGAUUGAAAUAUGAAUAUGAAGACCAUAGAUAAAUUUGUAUAUUAAAAUUAUCAAUGUUAAAUCCAUCUACUUUUUGUAAUUAAAUAAACAAAAUUUAUUGCUUAUAUUUACUAGGUUUACGCUCAAAGUUUAUAUGGUACAGUAGUCUUAGAUGGUGAUUCUUGGUUGGUCUACUGGUUAGAUCGGGCUUUACGCCAUGGACUGCGUACAGAAAGACAUGGAUAUUGGGGCACUGCUCGUGAGCUUAGUCAUCAGGAUACUGUUGUUGUAAUUCAUGCUCUUCAAAGUGUAUUAACAUCUAUCGGAAAAGGAAGAGCAUGGCUUUACCAUACUCUUAGCGAAGGCAGCUUUGAAAGUUAUUUAGCCUGCUUAUUACGAGAUACAAAAACAUUAAAGAAACAAUAUUUUCCACAUGCACUUGUACGAGAUGCAGAUAAAACUAACCAAUUAGUUAAUCUUCUUGCUGGUUUAGAAAAUGUAUCUUUUACAUUGCAACUGGAUGUCACAUACCUUGAUAUUUGCAAUUACAUGCCUCAAAGGCCUAUGAGUGUGAAUCCUUCUGGAACUAUAUUAUCAUUACAUCUCAGAUCAUCUAGUGUUUCUUCGAGUUUAGCUUCUCCUGGUGAUAGUGGAAUUGCUUUUGACAGUGAUAUGGAUCUUGCUAAUGAAACAGAUGCUAGUAGUUACAAGGAGGAAGAUUUUCAUUUGGAAGAAACUCCAAGGUAUCGAAAUAAUAGGUACAAAACAAUGAUAAACAACUGUAGAGAAGACAAUAAAAAUUUCAGCUCCAGUGAUUCUAGCGAAGAUGGAAAAACACCUACACAAUCACCAGGAAUGGUUACCAAGUUUCAAACUGCGAUAAUGACGAAAAGUGAUAUAGCGAAUCAAAAUUUAACUAGAAAACUUGAUGAUAAUGAGCUUAAUUGUUCCAGUUUGGAUACCUUAAAAGGUUACGAUUUUUAUAGUAAAAGUUUAGAUGAGUCAAAAUUAGAUAAAAUAAGUAAUAAAAAUGAUAACGGAAUUAAAGAAUUGAAUAAAAGAACUACGUACUACAGCGAUGGUAGUUAUAGUUUUAAAAGAAAUAUUGAUCCCCGAAAUUCAUAUGUAAUCAACAAUGAUACAAAUCUUUUAGAACUUAGUAUGACGAUUUCAGAUUGUGAAAAUACAGAACCACCAUAUGGUAUUUUGAAUACUAUCAAUGUGACCGAUGCUAGUAUUUUAUCAUCUUCUAGCUCUGAAGCUAUAGUGCAACGUAGGCAACGCAAAAAGAAACGCGGGGAAAGUAAAAAACGCGUCAGUUUUCAUGAAGAUAUUUUAAAAACGAUGAAAUUGGACGAUGAUGAGAAUUAUGCUGAUUUUUCUAUGAGUUUUUUAACACCUAAUUCUGUUCAGAAAAAAGAUGUGCAGAAAGGAAGAUAUAGUUGGUGCGCUCAUGGAGAUUCUCCGUAUGUUCAAAGAAAUGUUAAUCCCAGAAAUGCACAUUCGGAUUAUUAUUCUUAUUCUUCAUCAUCGAGUGUGUUUGAUAGUGAUUGUGAAAAGAAAGGAUCAAAGAGUUGCGAACAAGUUCCAUGUCAAACUAAUUGCAAGUGUGCUUGUGGAUUGUCACUUUCAGAGAGAGGCGCGCCAGAAGGCCAAGAAGAUCCUGGUAAAGCAUUUAGACCAAAAAUGGAAAUUGAAUUAGAAGAAAAUGAAGCCCAAGAAGCAUACAUUAUCGAGAAAGAAUAUGGAAAUAUAGUAGAAGAUCCUCCAACGAAAGUUCAAAUGCCUUGUCCAUCUAAUUCGAAAAAAUCUAAUUCUAGUGAUUGGUCGGAUGUUGAUAAUACUACUACAUCGGAUAUGGAAGAACGUAGAGGUAGCAGACAUUUAGCUUCACCAUCCAAAAAACGUAACAUGACAUCAAUACUAACAGGAGAAAAUAGCAACAAAUUAUUAGCACCGCCACCUUUAAGACAAGCUCCGUCUAAAACAUCGUUGUUAAGCAGAUUUUUGAAAUCUAUUACAGAGAGAAAAUUCGAAGUUAAAAGAAGUAAAAAAUCACAGAAAACGAAUCCUUUAUAUAUCAAGGGUGUUAAAACGAGUUAUGAUUCUUUUAAAGAAUUUAAUGAUAACCUUGAUCGAGAAAUACAAGAGAACGUGGCGGCAGGGAAACAAGAAUUUAGCGGAGAAAAAGUUAGCUUAAAAUUACGAGAACUUUUCAAGAAACAUAUUUAUAGGGAUAAAACGGAAGAAUUAUAUAAAGUAUAUAAAGUUAGGAGUUCGUAUAUGACAAAUGGGGAAAGUAAACCAAUGAUUGCUUUAUUAACAGAUAAAACGUUAUAUUUAACAGGUUCGAAACCAGACCAUACUUAUAGUAAUCAAUUUGUUAUUCCUUAUAACGAAUUAGAUGUUAUUAUGGUUGGACCAAAUGCACAAACAAUACUAUUGUCAAAUGCAGAUUACGAAAUGCAGUAUUUAUUUUCUACGGGAAGUUCCCAAACAACUUCAGAGUUAAUUGCCCACUUGGAGAUGGCUAUAAGAAGAUCUCCAAUAAAACCAAGACUUCCAGCAGUUAAAGUAUUGAGUUACGAAGACAUGCAUAUUUUAAGGCAUUCUGUCAUGUGUGAUACUGCUGUUCAUCCUGAUGAAAAAAUUGAACACUAUAAUCUCAUUUAUAUGGAAGAUGAACAUAUGUCACCACCUAGUACGCCAUGUGGUCCAACAAAAGAAGGCGAUCUUAUGUACAGACCACAUACGUAUCAACAACUUCAUCCUAAUGCUCCAACGAAUCCAUGGGAAGCUGGAUACUUUGUUCUUAAAGGUGGAGUUGUUUACAUGUUUACGGAUGCAAGUCAGCGAUUACCGAAACGAGCUAUUCCAUUGAAAGGUGGACUUUGUCAAGGAUGUCGAAGAAUCCCCAAUUCUCAUCGUCCUCAUACAUUCGAGAUACUUUUAAAGCCAAAUAAAGCCUUUCAAUUUGCUGCUCCCGACGAAUACGUUGCAUCCGAAUGGUUACAAAGCUUUGUUCAAAGUGCUUCUGGAUUGUUCGAUGUUACGGAAAAAAGAAAACCUUUGCCAUGUAGUCUUAUUACAACUACUAAACAUUUAGUAGCUAUGAAAGAAGUAUUUCCUGGUAAACAACGUGGACAAACACUUUCUUGUGCUUCUGUAGAAGAUCUCACAGCCUUCAGAGUACCUUUAACUCAACAAUCUUGGUGUAUACUGGAAUUUGCAUGUCGAGAAGUACAUGAAAGUAGUGGCGAUUGGGUUAUAUAUUUUACGAAUUACACAGAAUUAUGUACCUUUAGAGAAAUUUUAGAAACAUUAUGGGCUGAUGCAAGUUUGGGUGAAUUUCCUAUGGUGACGCUUCCACCAGAAGAUAAGCUUCAUCGACGUUGCUCAGAUGCCAGUAAAGAACUAGAGCUUGCAUGGCGAUAUUUAUUACCUACAGUAAUCGAUUAAACAAUAAGGCGUACCAGUAGAUAAUAGCUAUUGCAUCGUCAUAUCUAGUAGUAGAAAUUAUGAAACAUAAAUAUUUGAAUGAAUCAAUUCAUAUGUUACAGCAAUUUGAUAAAAUCGGAUAUAAUAUUAUAAACAAGUAAUUACUCAAAAUCAAUAUUUUACGUUCCUCAACUAACGAGGAGUGGUGAAUGCGAAAGAUCAUAUAAAUAUAAAUUACAAAUAUUUAGUGAUACGUAAUUAUUGAUGUGCUAAUUUAAUAAAAUGGUGCAAUAUGUUUUUAAUAGCGUAAACCAUAAUAUGAAUAAUUAAUAAUUAACACACGACUGUAAUAUAAUAAUGAGUGCGUAAAAUUACUGUUAUAUGAAUGUCUAUAUAAUCACAUUUAUAACUAAUUUGCAUUUGAAGGUGCACUAUAGAUACCAAAUGAUUUUGAAAAUAAUACUAAUACAAAGGCAGUAAGACGUAGUACAGCUUCUAUAAUGAAAGAUUAGUCUAUAAAUUGCUUUUGAAGUAAGUGUAUAACGUAUAAUUAACAUUCCUAUUAAUAAUACUGAUAAUAAUAAUGGUAAUUAUAAUAUAUAACGCAGCUUUUUAAUUUUAUUUUUGAUAUCUUUUGUUUAUAUAUGUAUUUAUAUCUUUUACUAUCUUAAAAUUGUUGUUUUGAUUAAAAUUCUGAUUAUUAUGCUGUUAAAUUUAAAAAUUAUUGUUAUUUGCAAGGUGCUUUUAUUUAAUAAUUCGAUAUUUGCAGCAGAUAAAUAGCGAGAAAAACUUGUAAUGAGAUAGUUUUUUUUUAUAAAUCGUUAUCGAUAGUAUGCAUUUUGAAAUGGAAGAAACUGUUUUGUAUAACAAAGAAAUUUUUUCUAAUAUGAAAAUUACAUUAUUUUCUAAUUUUUUUCUAUAAUGAACAAGUUAUUUAUCUUACCAAGAACAAGAAAUCGAUGCUGUAAAUCAUUGUGAAUAAAAUUUUAAUUCUAUGUGCAUUGUUGUGAUAAAAUAUUAAAUUAAAAAGACUUAUUAGUAUGGGCAAUAUGAAACUUGCGUACAUGAUAUAAAAUUGGAACAUAAUCAACAUAUAUUAGUUUCUAGUAUGGAAUUAGAGGAAAAUGAUGUUGUAAAUCAUACAUGCUUCGAUUAAGCAUGUAAACAUGUCAAGUAUUCCUAAAUGUUAUAGUCAUGGAAUUUUUGCACAAUGUCACCACCGUGAUCUUUAAAUGAUCUUUAAAGUUACAAACAAAAAAUAAGUAGAAAUAAAAUUGUAACUAGUCAACAAAAUAAAAGUAAAAACUUGUCUUAUUCUUUUUUCUUAUACAAUGUAAUGAAGAAUUUGAAGUUUAAUUAUACAUUGGACAUAUCUUUUAUUUUAUUUUUAUUAUAAUAAAUUCUACAUAAUUAUAACGUAUUUAUCAUUAAAUGCUUUAUAUUAUCAAUUUAUGCCGGUAUUUUUUAAAUUGAAUUGUACGUAAAACAACAUGUAAUGAGAAUAAGCAAUAACAUUUAAUGUUAUCUUAAUUUAAAAUAUCUUUAUCAAUAUUACAAUCUAUUUAAGUUCUAUGUAAUGAAAAAAGAUAUUUAAUCGCGUACAAAAUGUCCCUCCGUCUUUCUUAACUUCUUUACCUUUUCUAUAUCUGCCAAUGGAUAUUGUUCUUUCACAGCUUCCAUAUCAAGAUUGGGGAAAAUUCGCAUCAAAGUAGCUACCCUAUUUAUUUGACGACUGAAACAACAAAGAUUUUUACAGAUUAGAGAUGGUUCAUUAAAAAAAUUGUUUUAUAAUUAUACUGAAGAAAUACAUACUUUCUUGAUUUACGUUUUUCAUUCCAUAAUUUUUCUCUAUAAAGUCGCAAAAAUUUAGACACUGCAUAUCCACCAUAACCAAAUUUAUGUGUUUUAUGCCAUUCAGGAUUUGCAUGUUUUGGUCUAGAAUAUUGUUGCAAUCGAUAACGGAAACGCAAACCUAUAUAGCAUAAUUGAUUCAUAACAAAAUUUUUGCAUAUUUUAUAACAUAUAGAAUAAAAAUAUAAAAUUUUACCAAGAGGAUUAUAUUUUAAUGUUACAGGUCGUUCUCCAGUUGUUCCAGUUUCAAGCAUGUAAUAUGCUUUAUUCCUUUCACGAACUAUUGAUUCUAAGUUAGCCAUGCUAUCUUCAACUUUAUCAAUUCGUUCAGGAUUUGGAAAAUAUUUAUAUUCUCGCUUAUAAAUUUCUUCCAUUGUUAACAGCAUAUUGCGUUCUUUUAAUAACACAUACCUAUGUUAAUAAUUUUUAUUACUAUAAGAUAUUGUUACAUUUUGUAAGAUUUGUGUUUUACCAUAAUUUAUGAAGUUCUUCAUUGCUUUUUAACCUUAGUUCAUCUUUUUGCCAAGAACGGCCAACACGUACUUUAUUUUUGUCCCAAUUUUUUGGAUCAUCAAAAAAUUCCAUCAAGUCAUAACGUUUACAUGUAGUGUGAAUGAGACUACAUGGAAAAGUAGGCAUCCUAAAUAAUUUAAACAAUUUCUGCAUUGCAUAAACAAUAAUUUUACAACUUAAUAGACAUUUAUAUAUUUAUAAACUAAAUCAAUACAAUUAUUGUUAUUAAUUUUUAUGUAUAGAUAAAAGCAUACUUCAAAUAUCAAGUAUUAAAUAAUAAUUAUAAAAUGUAUAAUCAUUUGAAAAAAAUAUUUGUAAGCAAAAAAAUAUUACAUUCGUAAAACUAAUAUCAUACACGUUAAUAACGUAUACAUGCGUUUACGUUAAAUAAAAAAAAUUAUUCGACACAUAACCUUUAAUUUUAUUGAAGUCAAAAUAAUUUAUUGAAUAGAAAUAAUAUAAAAAGUCAUAAAAACCUUUGAAUGAACAUUGAACUUCUAGAGUUAAUAUUUUGCGAUAAAAUUAAAUUCGUAAACAACUUCGUCACAUUAUUUACAGCUUUCGAAAUCUGCACAAUCUUCGUGAAAGUUGCCAUUUUACCAAGUAUUACCAAGUAUAUUUCGUUACUAACAAUAAGAUUUCUGAUUGAACAUUGAUAUAAAAUUUAAUGAAAUAAAAGUUCGUUAUAUAAAGGAAUCAUCACAUAUUAAAUAGAAUUUAAUUAGGAUCUAAUUACGAUCUAAUUACGAAAAUUCAUUAAUCUUUUUUUUUUAUUAGCAUUAA